UGGCCAACUUGCUCGAUGACAGUCCGGUUUACAUAAUUUCUAUCAUCUGGGGGCCAACGUAGCAAAACUCGGGCGAAAGUUGGACGUUUCUCUUCUCGCGAAAUUCAACUCUAUUAUUGUUUCCAUUUUUUUUUAAACCCUUGCAUUUAUGCAUAUCCCGGGCAUGAUUUCUUGGGAGGUGAUCGAAGUUCUGCUUUAGGUGUGACAUUUUCAAUGUAAUGUGUCAGAUAGGAAGAAACUUCAAAACAUUGGAUUAAGAUACAUUAUUAAGGCCUAAAAGACUUAUUAAGAAAGUUUUAUAAAAUGUCGUGGAUGAAGAGAAGAAGUCCAGCUGCUCCUAACACCACAACACCUCCAGUUCAGAUGUAUAACCCUAAUCAACAUCAAGAUCAAUGGUCACAGUCCAAUACCUGGUUUAAUCAGCAAACCAAUGAAUAUCAAUCAAUGCAAUUGCAGCAGCAGCAUCAACAACAACAACAACAACAGCAGCAGCAACAACCGCAGCAGCAUAGUAAUUACUGGGAACAGCAGGGAUACCAGGAUCCACAGGCAAAUUCUCUAUAUUACCAGAACCAGCAGCAUUCUGGAUAUUAUCAACAGAAUUCGACAUAUAAUCAGCCUGAAUUCAAUAUGUUCAAUAACCAGCAACAACAGCAGCCACAGCAACAACAACCUAAGGAGGAGGACGCAUGGAACUGGGGUUGGGGCGAUGAAGAUAAUUCCAAUGUGAAUACUGAAGCGGUUCAGCAGACCGUGCAAAGCUCUAAUGAUAAUGCUCCAGCAGCAAUAGAUGCGUUAGUGAAUGAAGAACCAUGGAAUUGGAAUGUUGAGGAGUCUGCCACCACCGCAUCGUCCACUUCAAAUAUUGCCGGUACAAGCAAUGAAGAAGAGCCUGAUCAUACUGUAUUUGCUAAAGUGGGGGAUGCAAACAAGCAUCGCAGAAAUUCGAUAAAGCCAGAAGAUUUUGACAGCGGCGAAAAGAAGACAAUUAAGACGGAAUGGUCCACUGAAUCGCAGGAAUCUUCUGACGACGUACUUCAGACUUCGGAGAGCCUGAUGUCACGUAGUUCGACGGUCAGUCAUUCCCCGCUGUCGGGCCAGCAUACGCCGAUGGAAGUUUUGCCACCACCGCCAAUAGCAUCAGCGAAGCAGGAGCCCUAUGAAAACUCUGAAAUUUUGGCAAAAGCAACGGCGAGUCCGCCACUACCAGUGAAGGCUGAAUUGAAGACAGAACCGGCUUUGCCUCCGCCACCUAAAAAUAUAACUCCACCAUUGGAUAAUAAUCCUUUCAAACGAAAUAGUGGUCCUAUUUCUCAUAAAAGCAUCAACAAACCGACGGCAGCGCCUACAGUUCCCGUGACCGACCGGCAAUUUCCUUUCAACCUUGAAACCGUUCCUGAUAACUCUGAGCAACCGGAUGUACCGCAGUUGGCUGUUGCGCCGAAACCUACAGCUAAACCGCCAGUACCUGAUAACAACGAGGUAGCUCCUAUAAAUGAACGAGAUCAGUAUCUAGAAACUGGCCACUUGUCUGACGAGACUAUACGCAUGGUUUUGGGACAGGAACCGCCGCCUCCUGGAUUAAGUCGAAUGGUUCUUGGACAGAACUCUUCGCGUCCUCUACAACGUAUGGUGCCCGGUGAAUCCAGUUCACCAGAAACAACAAGUAAUUACAUUGCUCCACCUGCGGAGCCCGAUGACGAUGAAUCAGAAAACGAAGAGUUGGAUAGGUUGAGCGCCUCCCAGCAACUUCCCAGAUCAGCCACGAUCGGCGCAGACACUCCUACGCCGCCCACAACCGGUGGAGCAGGCGAUGGAGGUAAUGAGUCGCACGAUGGCGGUGCUAUCGAGGAAUUGGCUUCAUCGGUUAAGGAUUUGAGCGUAGCCGAUGAAGCUCCUAGAGUCACAACGGACAGCGAUAGGGAGCGGAAAGACUCGUCGCCUCAUCGUCGUAGAUACCGCGGGGAUAAGAGGUACGAGGAGGAUGAUGAGAGAGAUCGCAGAGAUCGGGAUCGCAGGCGAUACAAAGAAAAUCCGGAUCAAGUGUAUAAGGAGCGUAGAUACGAUGACGACACCGAGGAUUAUUACACCGACAGAGACAGGCAUCGAGAUGAUUCGCGUUCUUACGGCAGUCUGCGCCGUGAAAAGGACCGGAGGCGGAGAGAUUAUAGAGAUUACAGAGAAAGGGAUCGUAGGGAUUAUUAUUAUGGCCGUUAUGAUGAAUCUUAUGAUGAAGAUCUGCAGCGGUCUCGUCCUACCAGCCGUUCUGAUUCCAUGCACGAUUCGACGUAUUCUAGAGAUAAUCGCAGACCCAAGCAUAGGGGAGUUGAUCGAGAUAGGGAACGUGAAAGGGAUAGUCGUAGACCACCUCGACAGCCUCAUGCAGAUUCCUAUAGUCAUUACAUGCAGAAUUAUAACCCAUACGAUCCAUACAAUCCGUACUACCAGCAGUACAAGUAUUGGGAACAUUUACGGCAGACCAAUCCUAAAGCUUACUCCGAGUUUUACCAACAGUAUAUGCUACAACAAGGAAUGGCCAAGGGAAUGCCUCCAGUCUACGGCGGUGGUGUAGAUGAUCGCAAUUCAGUUCAUUCUGGGCGUAGUUCAACUAAUGAUGAUUUAGCCAAGGAAAGGUACUCGCAGCAGCGUCAAAGGUACUACGAGCACUCGAUGUACUACAGAGAUCACCAACCACGCAGUAUUUCGGGACAUUACGGUCUCGACGACUCCAGCGCAAGCAGACCAUUCGACUAUACGGACUCGUCGUUGAACUUGGAUACGACCAUGUCGUAUGGCGGAGUAUCUGAGGAUCAGCAGCAGCAACGGCUGACACCAGCGAAGUUUUCUUCGGCUCACGUCUGUGCAUCCAUAAGCGGUGGGAAGCUGGUGAAGAUUUUGCCAAAUUAUCCAAUGGACGGGCAGCCGGCCAUGGUAGAAAUCAAUCGUAUUGAGGAUUUCCUACCUGGAGAUGAAGAGUUGCGCGAAUUUCUCGAUUUCCCGGGGCCUCUGGUGAAGGGCGUCACGCACAAAAAAACAGUCAUCGAAUACUGUGAGUCCAAGAUUAGAAGCAUAGAGGGCGGCUAUGGAUCCGAUGAUGCUUACACGCUUAUGUGGGAGUUGCUCGUGUUGCUUUUAAGACAGAACGGGAGAGUUGAUGGGGCUGAUAUCGCCGAGUUACUGAUGAAAGAUAAACGAUUGGAUUACAACAGGAGAGCAUCUUCAGUCGUUUCAAACGAAAGUAGCGUCGGUGCUAACGAGGCAGGAAGCCAGAGUGGCUCCGAAAUCAAAGAGGAGAUAGUCACGAAUAAGUUUAGAGAAUAUUUGUUGUACGGAUCGGAAAAAGAGGCGCUGGAAUGGGCGAUGAAACAUGGGCUUUGGGGACACGCCCUCUUUCUAGCCAGCAAAUUGGAUAAGAGGACAUACGCGAACGUCAUGAUGCGUUUUGCCAACGGAUUGCCAAUGAACGAUCCUUUGCAGACAUUGUAUCAAUUACUCAGCGGUAGAUUACCAGCCUCUGUAACGUCGGUGCAAGAUGAGAAAUGGGGUGACUGGAGGCCUCACCUGGCCAUGAUCUUGUCAAACACUACGCAGCGUCCCGAGUUGCACAGGAAAGCAAUUACCACUCUAGCGGAUACACUUAUGUCGCGAGGCUCGCUCUACGCUGCCCAAUUCUGCUACCUGAUGGCAGAGGUUGGAUUUUCACGUUACGGUUCGGAUGGUGCCAAAUUGGUACUCUUAGGCUCCGAUCACACCUGCAGACCAUUCCAUAGCUUCGCCACCAACGAUGCCAUACAUAUGACUGAAGUUUACGAGUACGCUCGCAGCCUGAGUGAUGCUAACUUUAUCAUUCCCGAAUUCCAAGCUUAUAAAUACUUGCUGGCAACCAGACUUGCUGAUCGUGGAUUCUUGGAAACGGCUCUCAGCUAUUUGGAGCGUGUUUCAAUGUCCAUUAUUCAAAACCCUGCGAAUUCACAACCGACGCUUAUUAACCGCGUCUGCGAAAUGGCUAAUAGAUUAAAAUAUAAUGAUCCAGUGAGCGACGAAGACUUAGUAGAAGACCUGGAUGUUAACAGGCCGGACAGUUCUUGGUUGCAGGAUCUCAAGGUGGUGCAAAAUCAAUACAGCCUGGGCUUGAUUACGCACGAUAGUUUGGCGAACUUGAAUAUCGGCACUCCAGACAUGGAACAACAUGAGCAAUCUAACUUGAACCAUGCAGAGGAUGAUUGGAACCAACAGCCUGAUGUUGUUGAUCAACCGCAGUACGGUGAACAGCAACAGCAAUGGCCUCCUCAGGAACAGCAAGAGUAUAUUCACCAACAGCAACAACCAGUCCCCGAUCAGGGCGGUUUCAGUGGUCAAUAUAACCAGUGGAAUCAUCAGCAGCACUCAUAUAGCCAGCCAGAAAUGCAGAGUACUGUGCAGCCAGUCGAGGAUCCACAACAGCAUCAUGCUGAUUACUGGCAACCCGCUCAAAAUGAGCCGGAGGAGAGUGUCGUUAAGGACGAAGAAGAUGUCCAGCCCCAAAUAUCGAUGCCCAAUCAAUCGAACUCUCUUCCGUACGGCGAAGAGGAUUACAACGAGUCGACACCAACGCCCCAGAAACAGGCGAGUCCCGAGAAGAAAGCCGCACAGCCGACUCCGAAGAAGGCACCCGCUAAACAAGCAAGCAACGGGUGGUUUGGUGGUAUUUUUAAGGGCAUCCUAAGGCCUAAGAACCAGAUGAAAUUACCGGAUGAUAAAAACCCAAGCAUUGUUUGGGAUCAAGAAAAAAAACGUUGGAUUAACAUGGAUGAAGACGGAAACGAAACCGUGAGCGAAUUGAAGCCACCGCCGAAGAUGUCCGAAAUGCAAAUGAACGGAGCCAACAAAGCUAUGACUCAGCCGCCCAGGAUACCGGAGCCCGUGCAGAGUCAACCGGUCAUGAAUCAACAACCCAUGGUGAUGAAUCAACAACCCAAUAUCCAGCAGACUAUACAACAGCAACCACAACCGCCAACUCAGCCAACCAACAUGUUUAAGCUCCAACGGAACCGAAAUCUGAAGAAAUCAUACGUGGAUGUGUUUAAUCCGGACGGCAAGGCGACCGUUCCGCCUAGCAUCAUGCCGCCUGACCCGUAUGCCCCUCCAACCGUACAGAGCUCUAACUUGAACUUCUUUGUUCCCGCCCCUAUGGCUGAUCCCAAUGCGCCAAUGGACUUUCUGACUCCGACCACCAUGAUGACGCAAGCCACGGACUCUCAGACGAUGUCUAGAUGGAGUUCGGCUAGUUCGUUAUCUAGAGAGGUUCAGUAUUAUAUGCAAGCAAAAAACAUUCCCUCGCACAUCGCUUACGCUUCGAAGCCGGCUGGUGGUGCAGUAGGAUUCUAGGAUUAAGGUGUGUGUUUCGUAUCUAAGGAGAUGAUUGUGGAAGAUGAAGUGGAGAGCUUCCAAAAGUGAGAUGUGUUUAGUAAUUAAAUAUUUCCUUUUUUAUGUGUUUGUAAGGUUUCAUGGUCCUGUGAUCAAUAAUUUUUAUGCCGGUCAUUGAUAUAUGAUGAGAGAUAUAUAUAUAUAUACUUAUGUGUGUGUGUUAUUGUUUCUGAACAACAAAAAACCUGCGCCAUCUGGCGAGUCUCCGUUAACUCCCAAUUUGUUUUUGUUCACAUUUCUUAUUGGAAAGACGAUUUUAAAGUGUAUUUACUAUAAAUAUAUAUAUAUAAAGAAAUAUAAAUAUUAAGGGUAUGUAUAGAUGAAAAUUAAGCAACAAAAAUUAAACACUUAACAAAAA